AUGCCGGCAGCUAACAUGAUGGAGAACCUGCAGCUGCCCGCUCUGCAGGUGCCCGAGCCGCAGGGCGCGCCCGAGGGCAGCGCGGUGUGGUCCAGUUCGUCAACCCCCACGCUCCGCCGCCGGCGCUUUAAGAUGCGCCGAAUGAAGAACGUGCAAGAGCAGAGCCUGGAAGGUGGACUGGUAGCCCCAGAUCUACCCGGCGUCCUGGCCCCGGGCAAGGAGUUCCUGCAGCUGCCGUCCAUUGAGAUUACGCCCUCAAGCGACGAGGACACCCCGUGGUCCAACUGCUCCACACCCAGCGCGUCCCCGCGCCGAAAGCGCUUCCUGCUCCGCAAGUGGCUGCGGGUGAGGGAGCGGAAGGAGUGCAGUGAGAGCAGCAUUAGAGAUGGAGGGGAGUACCUUCUCUCAGGGGAGAGGGUUAAAACCUCUCUCAGGCAGGUGACCCACGCCUUUAAUUCUAGCAUCCAGGAGACAGUGACAGGAGGAUCUGACUUGGAGGCCAGCUGUGUCUACACACUCCAGAGUGCUAAGAUUCUGAAAACUGUGUCCAGUUUUUGUGGUACUGGAGCUCAAACCCAGGGCUGCUUCCUGCUAAACCACCAACCACUCUGCCAGUCCACAUAUCUGUGA